CUUUGAAUCACUCAAUGACAUAUUCAGUCAAGACAUCAAUGAAGAAGAAACAGGACAGAAGAUUCUCCAGGGCGACUUUAUCAUUUUCCAUUACGCGGCAACCCAAUGGAUACAUCAUGUAAGGGAAUGCGCAAGAGAGAUCAAGCCAGACUAUCUUCAAAUGUUGAGUAGAAUCAUUACCGACUUUUAUUUGUCCCGGAGAAACCAACGUUCGACCUCUGUUAUUCCUCAGCGAUCAGCAUACAUUGAUUUUGUAUCGUUUGGCAAAUGGUCUGAUGUACAAAGAUUCUUGGCUCUUGUGCAGGACUUUCAAUAUAGGCUUGAGAUAGGGCAUCUGUACACUGACGGUAUUUAAAGCCCGUAUGACCAAAGGCUGAACGUCCUAGCUGACCACCUCAAAACAGGCAAGGAGAACACUUGGAUGGACAGGGACCCGACCAAAACCUCCGCUGCGCUCGUCCAAUUAAGACGUCAAAUUGAGGCUCUACUUUGCCAAGGCCACGAUCACCUCCCAAACUGCUCCUGCAAAAAGAUCCAAGAACUAUAUGGGACGAACCUUUACCGUUGUGAUAGACAGUUCUGCCAAUUCUACAGCACUGGUUUUGCGACGCGCAGAGAAAGAGACGUACAUCUCAAGGUUCAUAGUAGACCGUAUCUAUGUCCACAUACAGAUUGUCUCUUCACUGAACUUGGUUUUAAAUCAUCACCAGAACUUGCAAGACAUUGCAAAGAAGCACAUCCACCUCAACGCCGCAUUGAAAGCCGGGUGGUCAGCGCUGAAUUGAUCCAACAAGUUUCAGAGAAUGACAUGAAGGCACUUAUUGAAGACGCAGUCCGUCAUGAUGAAACUGAUGCUGUAUCGUAUCUUUUGCAAAAUUUCAAUUAUACGUCCCAUGAGUACUGGAGUUUGCAUCAACUUGCGGCGACUCAUGCAUCUGGAAACAUGGUCAGGUGCAUACUAUACCAGGCGCAGAAGAUUGAUAAGGAAUUGGACAUUGAAACAGGGGUAUUGGCUGCCAUACGUGGUGAAAAUAUGUUAACACUGCAAUAUCUGGUCAUCAAGGCCGACCAGAUAAUGUCGCAGAAGUUCGAUACGUCCAGAAGGAAAAGGAUCUUGACAUACCGAGUUCGUUGCGCAUUCGAAAUGGGUAAUGCCGAUAUCAUGGACAUUUUAAUCAAUGAUGGUAGGCUGGAACUCCCAUCAACCUGUCCAAACAAUCUUUUCAGAGAGCUCAUAAUAUCCAAGAGAGAUGAUACUGAGAAAGUGCGCCGGCUGCGCUCGAUGAAAAAGUACGUCAUAUGGCCAGAGGCAUUCACAAAUGCCGUUUAUUGGGCUGCACUUACAGGCUCUAUAAUAAUGUUACAAGGUUGCCUUGACUGCGGGGGAAGUGCAAAUGCUGUAGUCUAUCGUAGUAGUGGUGACCGAUCAUUCCAGACAGCCUUGCAUCAGUGUGUCAGAAAGGGCACCAAUCGCCACGCAGAAGUUGUCAAACUCCUACUGCAAAAUGGCGCUGAUCCCAACGCCAAAGCAGGCCUCACGAGGCUCAAGGGGAUUGCGAAGAUUGAGAAAUAUUUUGGAGUGAGCUGGGAAGAUCUAGUUAUCCAGACCCAGGGUCACACGGAUCAUAAGCUAACGGAUAAUUCUUUCUCUCCUGAUUCCUCAACUCCGGCCUGAUGACUACACCACAAGCCAAGGAUUGCCAUUUCUACUGUGCUUGGCCAUUUUCAAGAGUAUCGAAGCGGAGGUAGACUGAAUCAGAAUAUUAGCUUUAGUAAGGAUAUUUAAUUGCUUUUUUAAGUAUUUGCAGAAAAGUCCCUAUAUCAUCCAAUAUUAGACCAAAGAUAAUGGGCCACACUAACUUGAAGAUUGCCACGGCCUAUCCUAAAUGGGAACGUUUAGAUAGGAUAACCGCUGCGCUAGGAGCAAAAGACUAGACUAGUAUUCAAGGAUAGCGUCCUUGAACCGUUCUCGCUUUAUAUAGGAAAGCUGUACAGCGCUGUCACAG